CGUGGUAUGGUGUGUACUAAACGGCGACUCGCACAUCGGCGGCUGACUUUGACGUCACCUUUCGGUUUCAGCAUGGCGUCGUGCGGCUGGUGUUUGGCCGAGUGACUGUGCUAGGCCAACUUUAGAAUCUCGUUAGCAGCGCGGCGAUUAUACCGUUGUCAGUGUGCGAACGAUGUCAAUCAGGUAACAAGGGAGAAUGCGCACAGGUUCGAACACAGGCGAAAUGUUCAUCACCCGUGCUUUGGAGAAGAUACUAAACGAUCGGGAAAUCAAGCGAUCCUAUCACUCGCAACUGAGGAAAGCCUGUGAGCUUACACUCGAAGAAAUCAAGAAUGAAAUCAAGAACCAAGCACCAAGUGACCAGGAAACGUCGUCAGCGCUUCCACUGCCCAAGGGCCAGGCGGGGCUGGAGGCAGAGAAGUACCUGCUGCCUUUCGAACUGGCGUGCCAGUCCAAGUCGCCACGCAUUGUCAUGACAGCGCUAGACUGCAUCCAGAAGCUCAUCGCCUACGGUCACCUCACGGGUAACCUGCCGGACCCCAUGGAGCCCGGGAAGCUGCUCAUUGACCGCAUCGUCGAGACCAUCUGCGGGUGUUUCCAGGGCCCGACGACAGACGACGGCGUGCAGCUGCAGAUAAUCAAGGCACUGCUGACGGUCGUCACGAGCCAGUGGUGCGAGGUGCAUGAGGGCAGUGUGCUGCAGCCCGUGCGCACCUGCUACAAUAUCUACCUCGCGUCACGCAACCUUGUCAAUCAGACCACCGCCAUCGCCACGCUCACCCAGAUGCUCAACGUCAUCUUCGCACGCAUGGAGGCGUGCUCCGCUGCCAACGGCGGCUCUGUCCCCGUUGUUGGCAGUGGCGGCGUGCCUGGUACGACGACGCUGCCGGCUGCCAUCACUGCUCAGACUGAGCUGGGCUCUGCAGACACGGAUUCACGGCGCUCGGACAAGAUUGGUCUGCCACAAGAUAUCAAAGACCAGACGGAAAAUUCCAGCUCAGUGACGCCGACUUCCAUCGUAGAGCCCUCGCAAACCCCGCCUCCUGCAGCAUCGUCUGUGACCGAGGACAGCGCGGCCGAGGAGGACGACACGAGCAGUGUGGCCGACGAUCGGAGUCAUGGAGAGUCCUCAGAAGAAGUGGUGGCCACAGUGCUGCAGGAAAUCCUGAACAGGGUAGUCGCAGGCUCCGGUGACGCACCAACAUCGUCGUCGACGGUGUCCUCCACACUUCCAAGGGCGGGAUCUCAGGAGAGCGUAGCUGCUAGCUACGAUGGUGGUGGGGCCGCGGUGCAGGCUCACUUUGCACACGUGGUGCAGAAAGAUGCUUUCCUGGUCUUCCGCUCGCUCUGCAAGCUCUCCAUGAAGCCUUUGCCUGAGGGACAACCUGAUCCCAGGUCCCAUGAACUUCGCUCGAAGGUGCUCUCGCUGCAGCUGCUGCUGCUGAUCCUGCAGAAUGCGGGUCCUGUGUUCCGCACCAACGACAUGUUUGUCAACGCCAUCAAGCAGUACCUGUGCGUGGCCCUGUCCAAGAAUGGCGUGUCGUCCGUGCCCGAGGUGUUUGAGAUCUCGGUGACCAUCUUCCUUGCGCUGCUGCAGAACUUCAAGACCCACCUCAAGAUGCAGAUCGAGGUGUUCUUCAAGGAGAUUUUCCUCAACAUCCUUGAGACAUCCAGCUCCUCCUUCGGCCACAAGUGGAAAGUCAUUCAGGUGCUGACACGGAUCUGCGCCGACGCCCAGAGCGUGGUGGACAUCUACGUCAACUAUGACUGCGACCUGAACGCAGCCAACAUCUUCGAGCGGCUGGUCAACGACCUGUCUAAGAUUGCGCAGGGGCGCCAGGCCCUGGAGCUCGGUGCCACCGUUCAUCAGGAGAAGUCAAUGCGCAUCAAGGGGCUCGAGUGCCUCGUCUCCAUCCUCAAGUGCAUGCUCGAGUGGAGCAAGGACUUGUACACCAACCUGACCGGCAAUGCUCCGGGCUCAACUGCAACCAAUGCCAACACCGCGGCUGGCACCGGUAGCACGUUGGAAGCCCCUGAGGAGGAAGACCGGUCACUGGUGAGCCAUGGAGGCUCGUGCAACUCGCUCAACUCUGCGGCGAGCAGCUGCAACAUUCCGGAGCAGCUGGAGGUGCUGAAGCAGCAGAAAGAGAUCAUGGAGCAGGGCAUCGACCUCUUCAACCGCAAGCCCAAGCGGGGACUCCAGUUCCUGCAGGAGCACGGGCUGGUGGGGCCGCGACCGUGGGACAUCGCCGAGUUUUUUCACUCGGACGAGCGUCUUGACAAGAAACAAAUUGGAGACUUCCUUGGAGAAAAUGAAAAAAUGAACAAGGAAGUGAUGUGCGCCUACGUGGACCAAAUGGACUUUGCUGGCAAAGACUUUGUGUCUGCGCUACGCUGCUUCCUUGAAGGGUUUUGGUUGCCCGGGGAGGCGCAGAAAAUUGAUCGUCUCAUGGAGAAGUUUGCUGCCCGGUACUGCGAGACCAACCCUAACAACCGACUGUUUGCAAGUGCAGACACGGCCUAUGUACUGGCAUAUUCCAUUAUCAUGCUUACCACCGACCUGCACAGCCCACAGGUCAAGACAAAGAUGACUAAGGAAGACUACAUCAAAAUGAAUCGCGGCAUCAACGACAGCAAGGACAUUCCUGAGGAAGAGCUGUCGGCGAUCUACGAUGAGAUUGCUGGCAAUGAGAUCAAAGUAAAGACCACUGCAAGUCGCGCGCCUGGAAAGCAAAAUGUGUCAAGUGAAAAGAAGCGUCGUCUGCUGUACAACAUGGAAAUGGAGCAAAUGGCACGCACCGCAAAGGCGCUUAUGGAAAGCGUCAGCCACGUACAGGCCUCCUUCACCUGCGCAAAACACCUCGAGCAUGUCCGGCCCAUGUUCAAGCUGGCUUGGACACCGUUUUUGGCGGCAUUCAGUGUGGGCCUGCAGGACUGCGACGACCCGGAGAUAGCAGCGCUGUGUCUGGAUGGCAUCCGCUGUGCCAUCCGUAUUGCCUGCAUCUUUCACAUGACCCUGGAGCGGAAUGCCUACGUGCAAGCGCUGGCCCGUUUCACCCUCCUCACGGCAAACUCGCCCAUCACGGAGAUGAAGAGCAAGAACAUUGACACCAUCAAGACGCUCAUCACAGUGGCGCACAUGGACGGAAACUACCUGGGCAAAUCGUGGCUGGACAUAUUGCGGUGCAUCUCCCAGCUGGAGCUGGCCCAGCUCAUCGGCACGGGUGUCAAGCCGCGCUACCUCGGCGGCUCCGGUUCUGGAUCAGCUCAGGCUUCGACUGGUGCCCACGGGGCCCUCCAGGACAGCGUGCUCGACCCUAUGGAGUUGACGCGUCCCGGACUGCCCAUGGACCAAAAGCAGAUGGCGAUGCUUCAGGAAUCCAUGGGGGAGACCAGCUCCCAGAGCGUGGUGGUGGCCGUCGACCGCAUCUUCACAGGCUCCACACGGCUGGAUGGAAAUGCCAUUGUCGACUUUGUCCGUGCGCUUUGUCAGGUUUCCCUGGAAGAGCUGGCCAACCCAUCUCACCCGCGCAUGUUCAGCCUCCAGAAGAUCGUCGAGAUCUCGUACUACAACAUGGGCCGCAUCCGUCUCCAGUGGUCGCGCAUCUGGGAGGUACUGGGUGAGCACUUCAACCGAGUAGGGUGCUCGCCGUCCGAGGACGUCGCCUUCUUUGCCCUGGACUCGCUGCGCCAGCUCUCGAUGAAGUUCAUCGAGAAGGGCGAGUUCCCCAACUUCCGCUUCCAGAAGGAUUUCCUGCGGCCCUUCGAGCACAUCGUCAAGCGGAACCGGUCGCCCACCAUCCGCGACAUGGUCGUCCGGUGCGUCGCGCAGAUGGUCAACUCGCAAGCGGCAAACAUCAAGUCUGGCUGGAAAAAUAUCUUCAGCGUGUUCCACUUGGCGGCUUCAGACCGAGAUGAAGGCAUCGUGGAACUCGCCUUCCAGACGACUGGACGCAUUGUCACGCAGACAUACGAGCAACACUUUCAGUCUCUCGUCGACUCCUUUCAGGAUGCGGUGAAAUGCCUGUCCGAGUUUGCGUGCAACGCGUACUUCCCGGACACGUCGAUGGAGUCUAUACGGCUAAUCCGGCACUGUGCCAAGUACGUGGCGGAGCAGCCACGGACCUUCCGCGACCACAACAUGGAGGACCAGACGGUGCCCGAGGAGGACCGUGUCUGGGUGCGCGGUUGGUUCCCCAUCCUCUUCGAGCUCUCCUGUAUUGUCAACAGGUGUAAGCUGGACAUCAGGACCCGGGCCCUGACGGUCAUGUUCGAGGUGGUCAAGACGUACGGCUCGUCGUUCCGGCCUCACUGGUGGCAGGACCUGUUCCAGAUCAUCUUCCGCAUCUUCGACAACAUGAAGCUGCCUGAGCGGCACAAUGAGAAGGCGGAGUGGAUGACCACCACUUGCAACCACGCCCUGUACGCCAUCGUGGACGUGUUCACCCAGUACUACGACGUCCUGGGAAACCUCCUGCUCGACGAACUCUUUGUUCAGCUGCACUGGUGUGUUCAGCAAGACAACAAGCAGUUGGCACGGUCGGGUACCAACUGCCUGGAAAACCUGGUGAUCUCAAACGGAACCAAGUUCAACACGGAGACGUGGGACAAGACCUGCCAGUGCAUGCUGGACAUCUUCAGAACCACCCUGCCGGCAACUUUGCUCACAUGGAAGCCCAACAAGGAUGGUAGUGGAAACCAAGAAGCAGUGAGUGGUCACGAUGACACGGACACAAGAUCAAAGGACGAGGUGCUGUUCAACUCCCUGAAGAUCAAGUGCGUGGUUCAGCUGGAGCUCAUUCAGACAAUCGACAACAUUGUGUUCUUCCCGGCUACGAGUCGGAAAGAGGACGCAGAGAACCUUGCAGCUGCCCAGGCAGAAGUGGCGCCGUCGCAGCAACAGCAGCAGCAGCAGCAGCCAACGGCACCAGGUGGCAUGGGUUACCUGACCGAGAGGUUUGCCCGCUCCCUCUCGCUCGACCAGCAGCAACAGCAGGAGGAGCAAGGCAUGUACAGCUUUCUGACAUCAGGUCAGCUGCUCCAGCUGGUGGACUGCCUGCUCGAGUCACACCGAUUCGCCAAGGCCUUCAACUCUGACAGCGAACAGCGGAACCUCCUGUGGCGUGCAGGCUUCCGUGGCAACGUCAAGCCCAACCUGCUCACUCAGGAAGCACAGAGCCUGGCCUGCGUGCUGCGCAUCCUGUUUCGCAUGUACCGGGACGAGGGUCGCCAGGAGGCGUGGCACACGGUGCAAGACCGUCUCAUCGGCGUGUGCCGAGAGGCGCUCGAAUACUACCUUGGCCUGGCCACCGAGAGCCACCGGGAGUCCUGGGACUCCCUGCUCCUGCUCUUCCUCACGCGCGUGCAGCGGCUCGACGACGAGCGGUUUCGGGCCCAUGCAUCGGUCUACUAUCCGUACCUGUGCGAGCUGACUUGCAUGGAGGUGAAGCCCGCAAUAAGGGCAGUGCUACGGAAGUUCUUCCUCCGCGUCGGAACCGCCUUCAACAUCUCGCACCACUAGUCGCCGUUGUUGCUUACACAGACACUUCUUUUUUUUU